AAAAAACUAGGACUAGGGUUUUAGAGAACGAGUGAGUGAAACGCCGAAGAACUCUGUGUAGCAUUUCAUAGAGAAGAUGGCAGCAGCAGUAGCAGCAGCACCAGUAGUUGAGGGAGCCGGUGCACCACAAUAUGAUGUCAAGCUCUUCAACAAAUGGACGUUUGAUGAAGUCGCGGUCAGUGACAUGUCAUUGGUGGAUUACAUUGGUGUUGCUGCUAGGCACGCAACAUAUGUCCCACACACAGCUGGUAGGUACUCAGCAAAAAGGUUUAGGAAGGCCCAGUGUCCCAUUGUGGAGAGGCUGACCAAUUCCCUGAUGAUGCAUGGGCGAAACAACGGGAAGAAGAUCAUGGCAGUUCGCAUAAUUAAGCAUGCCAUGGACAUCAUCCAUCUCCUUACAGACCAAAACCCCAUCCAAGUUAUUGUUGAUGCAGUCAUCAACAGUGGACCAAGAGAGGAUGCUACACGAAUUGGGUCGGCUGGUGUUGUGAGGCGUCAAGCUGUCGAUAUCUCUCCUCUUAGACGUGUCAACCAGGCCAUCUAUCUACUUACAACUGGUGCACGUGAGAGUGCUUUCAGGAACGUCAAGACCAUAGCUGAGUGCCUGGCUGAUGAAUUGAUCAAUGCUGCCAAAGGGUCUUCGAACAGUUAUGCAAUCAAGAAGAAAGAUGAGAUCGAACGUGUUGCCAAGGCAAAUCGUUAAGGUGGGAGUUCUAUUGGUAAACGGGUCAAUUCAACAAUGGAGAAUAAAUUUUGGACAUUGUUCUUCUGAGUAUCUAUUAUUAUUAUUUCUACAUUACUUUUAGUUAUUUUUCUAAGCAGGAAAAUAGUUGUGGGAAUACAAAAAUGCUAACAAAUUUAUUUUCAGCUUUGCAAAGAUUAAAUUUAUUUGUUGGCUUGAUUCCCCUCCUUUAGCUAUGAACACAACAUUACCAAUUUGAUUCCCUCCUUCAGCUAUUAACACAACUUCUCCAAGAU